AUGUUCAAAUCAGUCGCCCGCCAGACAGCAAGGCAACUGGGCUCACGAGGCUCUGCUGCUGCAGUUGCUCGUCGCUAUGCACAUGCCCCUGUGGCCUUUGACUGGACGGACCCUCUGGGUGCCAGCAACAUGUUCACUGAAGAAGAAUUGGCUAUUUCAGAAACAGCCGAAUCCUACUGUCAAGAACGCAUGCUUCCUCGUGUGCUAGGUGCGUCUCACGCUUGA